AUGACAAAUGGAAACAGAAAAAUUAAUUUUUAUUUUCGAGUUUAUGAGCAAUGAACUUAAGAAAAUUAAAAUUUGUGAACAGACUGAUGAAAAAAAACACAAAAUGUAUAUAAUUUAAAUAAUUGGCUCGUUACGAACACGGGUUUAAAAUAUGGUAACGAUUAACACCUUUGAUAGUAAUUUUAAUUAUAAUCCUACUCUACAAAAAUUUAAUAUAAAAACAAUUAUUCCGCUUAUAAAAGCAAAACAAAUUCACUCCAAUUUCAAAGUCUAUUUGAUAAAUAUGCGGCAUUUAAUAUUUUUGUUAAUUUUGAUACACUUCGUGUUUGUUUUGUGUACCACCAUGGAUUAUGACAUUAUAUUUGAACGUUUUGAACAAAUAAAAGGCGAUGAAGAAACAUUAGUAGAAUACAAUCUCCGUAUAAGAAGACAAGGGCAUGGUCAAUCAAACAUGUUUAUUAAUGGCUACAUGAUUUAUAAGGAAGAUUUUGGAGAAGAAGUAGAUCAUACCAUAACAUCAGCUUUCAGUCCACAUGGAACGACUCAAUUUCGUAAUCAUCCUUACACAGUUCAAAAGUCAAACAUUUGCGAAAUGUUCAGAACUCAUUAUAGGAAAUACAUUCAGGACCUGAUGUUACCCCACACCAAUUUUCCAUAUGUACCUGAGGAGGGAAUUUGUCCAAUUCCUAAAGGAAACUAUACUUGUGUAAAUAUGAAAUUUGAUAAAGGAGAUUAUCCAAGUCAAUGUCCAAGAGGAUUAUGGAAGGUUGAACAAAUAUAUGAGAAACAAGGAAAACUAAUUGGUGGGCUACGAAUAUUCCUAAGAAUUGUAGAUAAAUUUGAUUAAAAUAUUUUUUAUGCAAUCAUACAAAAUGAUUAU